AUGACAGCCCUUGUCACUAAUUUUGGUAUAUCCCGUUUAACUACUACAAAUUCCAUAGAUUCACUCAGUACAACAACUUUUGCACUCAGAGGAUCUAUUCGAUAUAUUGCUGCAGAGUAUGGAUUGGGUGGGAAUGUUUCUAUCAAGGGAGAUGUUUACAGUUAUGGAAUUCUGAUAUUAGAGAUGGUUACAAGGAAGAGGCCAAGUGAUGACAUGUUUGUGGGAGACAUGAGAUUGCAGAAGUGGGUGAGGUCAGCCUUUCCAGACAGACUGGCAGAAAUUGUUGAUAGCGGGCUAUGGAGAGAUGUUAAUGAAAACAUGGAAGACAAUAAAUUUCUAAUUUCUUUCAUUCAUGUUGGUUUGCUUUGUAGUAGUGAAUCACCAAGAGAAAGGCCUUCCAUGAUAGAUGUAGGCAAUGCCUUGGAGAGGCUGAAGACAUCUUUGAUGGGAGGUGCAGCUGCUUCCAAUUUAACAUCCACCAUAUCAGAACUCCUGGGGAAUACCAAUCCCACAGGAACAGGAACAGGAACAUUAGCAUCUGACAGUCUAAGUUCUACAAUUUAG